CUACCCUAAACCUUGAAAUAUAGAAAUGGGUGACAAGUGAAAGGAAACAACUAACAUUAGUAUACAUUAAUACUCCAUUACCAUGAAUUCUCCAAGUCGGAGGAACUCUACGGAAGGGAUGAAAAUUAUACUUUCACAAGAUAAUGGUGGUGGAGUGCGUUGUGUUAACAUGUAACUCCAAAAUCUUAAUUAUUCUGUCUGUAUUAUUCAGUAAAACAUUUAGUUAUAGAGAUAUAGAUAUAUAGAUAGAUAUUUUAUUAACAGUGAGCUGUUGGCCAUUUUUCAGUCAUAAUCCUAAAGCUGUUCUGUUAGUCCUGCCCAGACAAGUGACAUUGGGUUUGGUGCAGUGUAUGAAAUUUGUUUCUGGGAGAAAAGCCAAAAUAAAAGCAGCCUGGUGCAACAUUAGCCUGACACCCAGAGGAGAGGGCGGGGGUAAGUGCAGACGACAGUGCAGCUUUUUCUGUACAUGAACCACACACAAAAAAAUCUGACACCUCCAAAGUGUUUUGUUACAGUGCCACUCGUUAAGCACAAAGAGUCUCAAUAUGUGGUUCACAAUUUUGACAAACAGCCCAGUAAGUUUAUGAGAGACAAUUUUACUGACCGUUCACUCGUCUGACUUGCUGAAAGAGUCAGAUAGUUAGCUAAUGUUUCUGUGUAAAGUUAGCUAACAUUAGCUAGCUGACUUUAAUCGGCCAUACAGUGAUCAACAGUUUCUGAAUGCUAGCUAGCAUGUUUUUAACUGGCAGAGUUAAAAAUUCAAAUUUAAACAAAUUAAUUUGGAGGCGUGUGUAAGUGUUAUAAGAUUAAUUAGGUACUAAUGAAGCUGUACUACUGGAGCCUUGUAACCGGUAAGUUAACGUUAUUGUUUAAUUUACGGGAGGAGGCAAUUAGUUUGCUAACAUUAGCUAGACCUAGAUUAGCUAAUUCAGCCGUGUUGACCUUUUGUGAGUCUGCAACAGCCCGGAAUAAAGGUGGCCAUUUUAGCUUGAUCUUGUUUUUUGAAAGUUGCACUACAACAUAUUUUAAAACACUUUCGACUGUGUAACGUUAUCCUAUUUAGGAUGAAUCCAGGAUGUAUUAAAUCUCCCUAUUUGGGCGGCUUUAGCACAGGUGCACCUCUACUCUGGUCACUACGGUAACUCAGACCCCCCCCCCCGGUGCUCCUCCAUUGCCGUCAGUACGGUAUCUGAAAGCCGCAGUCAUUCACUUGUGUUUAUUCCUGAGCUCUGCUGCACCGCUGCUCCACUCUCUGCUCGGACUGAUUUCACCUCAUUAUCUGCUGCCAAAGUUCGUGUUUCCUCCUGACUACCAGGUAGGGUGCUUACAUUUUAUUAAAGCUACAAAAUAUCUCCGUAUCGCUUUAUUCUAAGGCUUAGAAUAAACAUUUUAUGAAAGUGCGCGUCGCCACUGUGAUCUGUCGACUAGACAAUAGUCCUGUAUAAAAGUAAACUCAGUAAUCUAAUUUAGCAGCAGGGACCAGCUGUGUGUUUAAAGGCACCUUGCUGUAGUUUAUAUUAUUUUUAUUCCCCAUACGUUUGCUGUAAUAGUCUAUUGGGAAUUUGUUAUUUUGCUGCGAUUUUAGGCCUAUAAAGCAUCCUUUAAAACCGCAUUACCUGACUGUAGCCCAGAGUUCCUCUGCAUAAAGGUGAUCAUCGGGUGAAAUCAGGAGAAGGACUCAAAAAACGAGGCUGCUGGGCCUGAUUCCGGUUGGGGACAAUAAUCCGAUUUUAGACGGAAUUACUUGCCGAGCUGACUAUAAAGAAGUCUGGGUUCAUGCCGGAUUUCGAGCACUUCAGAUUUUCCUAUUCGAGCAUGAAUCCGGUCCUGGGGGAGAGCGGCUUUCUGGUCCCGCAGCAGCACCACCACCAGAUGACGGGCCAGACCGACUCCGCCAUCCCGGAGCCUGGCUACUUCUUGGGGGACCACGGCGGGUUCGGGCCUGAUGGGUUGUCCGGGCUGGACCUGGGCGCCCUGCCGCCGUCGGGCCUCGCCUACCUGCACCUGAGCAGCCCCCUGCACCGCGUGCCCCCGGCGGCCACGGCGCUGCGCAACGACCUGGGAUCCAACAUCAGCGUACUGAAGACUCUGAACCUGCGCUUCCGCUGUUUUUUGGCCAAAGUGCACGAGCUGGAGCGCAGGAACAAAGUGUUGGAGAAGCAGUUGCAGCAGGCUCUUGAGGAUAGCUGCGGAGGGGAUGGACACAAGAAGCCGCUGACCAAAGAGAUAGGGGUCCAGACUGGAUUUAUUGGGCCAAUUCCAGCCAGACCGGGCCUCAUCCCGCUCCACAACGCCAACAACUCGGCCUACCUGCCCGGCGGCCUCCUCUCUCCAACCCUGAACCCUCCUCCGCUUUUUGACAACAAAUACCUGCUGGGAAACAACCUCAACCCGAUCACAGUCUCCACGGAUUCAAACUCCAACCUCACCACGUCCGGUUUCUGCAGCCCGGCCCGGAGUCCCAUCGACCCGUCCAAAACCUUCACAAACAUCAAUGAGAGAGACUCCUCUCACAUCGGGACGAACACCAACAACAUCCCCCCUCCUCCCCCGCGCUUCCUCCCCGGGACGAUCUGGUCCUUCAACCACACCCGCAGGUUUGGUACCGGGAGGGAGUCGUGCGUCACCGGGCCCGGGGUCUCCUGGACGCACCCGGACGGUGUCGGGGUCCAGAUCGACACCAUCACACCUGAGAUCAGGGCCCUGUACAACGUGCUGGCCAAAGUGAAGAGAGAAAGAGACGAGUACAAGAGAAGAUGGGAGGAAGAGUACACAGCCAGAAUGGACCUGCAGGAGAAGGUGGCCGAACUGGAGGAGGACCUGCAGGAGAGCGAGGUGUGUCAGGAUGAGCUGGCUCUGAGGGUGAAGCAGCUAAAGGCCGAACUUGUUCUCUUUAAAGGACUCGUCAGCAACAACCUGUCAGAUCUGGACAGUAAGAUCCAGGAGAAGGCCAUGACGGUGGACAUGGAUAUCUGCCGCCGUAUUGACAUCACCGCCCGCCUCUGUGAUGUCGCCCAGCAGAGGAACUGUGAAGACAUGAUUCAAAUGUUCCAGGUGGCCACGCCCCCCUCCACUCUAAGUGGCCGGGCCAGAAAACAGAGCGGGCAGUCGGCCAAGGGCGGGGACGGAGACGAACUGAGCAUGUCUGAGGGCGAGGGAGGCGGGGCUAAAGAUGAGGAGUCAUGCAGCACUUCAGCCAGUCAGAUCAAUGAGCAGAUGCAGAGGAUGCUGAAUCAGCUGAGGGAGUGUGAGUUUGAGGAUGACUGUGACAGUCUGGCCUGGGAGGAAACAGAGGAAACUCUUCUGCUCUGGGAAGAUUUUCCUGGAUACCCCCUGGGAGUGGAAACACAGGGAGAGCUGCAGCAGCAGGAGGAGUCCAUUGAGGAGGUGAUUAAAGACACAGAGUCUCUGUUCAAAUCCAGAGAGAAGGAAUACCAGGAAACCAUCGAACAGAUAGAGCUGGAACUGGCCACAGCCAAGAGCGACAUGAACCGUCACCUGCACGAGUACAUGGAGAUGUGUUCGAUGAAAAGAGGGCUGGACGUCCAGAUGGAGACCUGCAGGAGACUCAUCACACAGAGCGGAGACAGGAAGUCCACCUCACCCAUCACACUGACGGUAGACGAGUCAGACAGCGAGGAGAGGAAAGCGCCAGCUCUCUCUGCUGACUGUGAGCCCAACGAUUCUUACUGCGCUGCCAUCCCUCCUCUGACCUGGAGGAAACCCUAACACACACUGCUGGUACUCCACCAAUGCUCCGCUCCUCCUGUAAUACCAUUUGAGAGCUAAUCAAGCUGUGCAGAACUUAUUUUAAAACCAGCAGAUGAAUUAGAGCAAAAGGUUGACUUAAAGCCGUUUCUUGUGGCAGAAAAGUUACACCAACGUCCUUACAAAACCAUAAUUUGCUUGCAAAGCUGUAAGCUUCAUUUAAAGUGCUUCACUUGAUGGGUCACUGUCGCCCUCCUGUGGUUAUCAGCUGCACCUCAGUGAAGGCCAAGCAGAACAAAAUGGCAUUUUAAAAAAACAUUCACUGAUUCUAUUUUCCUGUGAGGAGAUGAAAAGGACACAUUUUAUUUUGCACACUGACCUGUUUAGUGCAGGAGCCAAUUAUAUUUGCACAGUUUCUGUAAUAAUGCCUUUCAGCUGCAGGUUUGAACAGAGACGCAAUAAUGCACAAAGAAAUAGUUUGCACAUAACUGUUCAUUGAAGUGGUUAAGAGUUAUCAUGUGUGAACAGUUUUACGAAUUCAUUUCCACUUAUUAUAAUGAAAUGCUAUUUUUUAAUUCCAGAUUUUUUUGUAAACCUGUCAUGUGCAUCAGCUGUCAAAUGUUGCAAAUAUAGCAGAAGUUUAAUUCCUAAAAUAUGAAUUAUCAUUUUCUAGGGUUAUACUCUAGGUUACAGUAACUAUCAAAGCCCAACUUGCCUUAAACUGAUAUCCAUCAUUUGAGAAAUAUGACGACACCUGUGAACAUUGAAUCAGCUUGAAAGUGAGUCAAGAGAACUGUCCUGAAAAUGCAUCUUUAAGAGUUUAAUCUUGCAGUUUUCUUUUUGUUUGCCACAGUACGAAAAAGGAAACGCAUUAUUAAUUAUUUUAAAAAGUAGAUAUUUGGGGACACUAAACAACACUCAGGGCUGUAGCCACCAUUGAGGACAAUACUUUAACGUCCUCAAUAUUGUUUUCAGGGAAUUUGGGAUUUUAACAACUUAAGUUAGACUAAUUACACACAGUGGGUUUUUAAAAGGGUGAUUGCGUUAUAAAAUCUUUAAUUCAAAAUAAAGUGGUGGGAUUUAAUAUUUUUCCAUCAGAAUUGUAUUUCUGGUCGUGGAAAUUCUCUGAAGCAUCAUUUAGAGCAGCAGUUCCCAAUCUGGGGCUUUGGAAACCCUCCAAGGGGGGUCACAAGAUGACGAACUUUUUUUUUUUUUUUUAACUUUUCUGUUAUCUUUGUUCUUUUCUUGUGAAAUACCAGUUAUUCCUCGUCAGGCCACUACAAAUUACUCAACCUAAACAGUCAGAGGCUAAAAUCCCUCUGUGGUUGAACUGCUCACAGCUCAGACACGUGGCUUCAUUUUAAGGAGUCAAAAGCCAAAAAAUGUUGGUAGAUAAAAUUGGGAGAAAUUAUAACUGAAUAAUUAAAUUGUGAAAAUGUUAUAAUUUACAGAGAUACAUUUUUUUGGUGUCUUGGGGUUGCACUGGAGGUGCAGGUAUAGUUAUUUGUAUUUUUUUAAAUCCUGGCUACGACCUGACCACACUGUCCAUAUUGUAGUUAACACAGGCUAGUUUUUUUUUUUUUGGGGAUUUUCUGUUUUACAUUUGACAGAUGAGAAUCAGAAUUUAAACGCAAAGCUUAUACAGGUGAAAGACAAUGUUACUGCAAAUCUGUGAAAUUUAAUUGUUUAUCGUUUGGCUUGUAAAUAUUAGACCUGUAUAAAAGGACAAAUGUAACUAAUGACUAUUUUCUAUACAAUGUCAAAUAAAAGGUUAAAAAAAAUCUGCAAAUUGCUUCAGUCAAAAGCCAAAGAUCUUCAGUUUACUACCACAGAAGACUAAAACAAGCAAACAGUCAUAUUUGGGGCAUUUUUCCUUUAAAAAAUGACAAUUAAUUGAUUAUCAAGUUCUUGAGAGAUCAACUUAUGAUUUAAGUCUGUUUAGUUUUGAGAACUUCUCACCGCUGAGGUGGAUUUUCCCCCUAAAUUUAAAGGGAAGGUGUUGUAUUUAUCACAAGCCUUCCCGUUUCCACCUGCUAAUCAAUGCUAAUGAAAAAAAUAAACCGAUGGAUUAUGAAAUCAUUACUCUCAAAGUACCAUGUGACACAUUUCAUACAUUUCUCCUGUAAAAAAAAGAAAAGAAAUGGGUGACAGAUAUGUUUGAAAGAACUUGUCUGAUUUUGAGACAGUGUAGUCAGGCAUUUAAUUUUUUUCUUUAACAAAAGUGAAAACCUAUUUUAAGAAAUAUUUGUCCUCAAAUGUACAGUUUGUAAAGGCUAAAUGUUGUAUCUAUUGUACAUAACAAGGCUGUAUAUAAUGCUCUGCUAUCUAAUGCUGUAAGCUUCGUGUUCUUAUGAUGUAAAUUUAGCUGAGACAAAUGCAAUUUAAUAUUUUAUUUAUACCAUUCUGUUAGUUUUAGCAUUGCUAUCAGUUGAAUUAGGCGUCUUAGUAGUACAGAUGGCAUCAGUAUAAUUUAAGAAGGGUUGUCUUUCUGUAGUUGUUUCAGAGCAAACACACCUGCAGCAUUGAUUAAAAGUAUAUGAAGUGAAGUGAAUUAACUUUUUAGUUUCCUGUUUAACGACAUGGAUGUACAUAUUUGGGGGAAAGAAGCCAUUUUACAGGAGGUGUAUAUAAUCAGAAAAAAAUCAUUUUUACUUUGUUGACAUGAUUCAAUGAAUGUGUCACAGUUCACCUCUCCACACACAUCUUUGAUUAAAUGAAAGUCUGCUUUAGUAAAUAACCUGCCAUGUUCAUCACAGAAAACAGAUUCAUGAAAGGAACUUUUAGUUUUAGCCCUGUAGUUGUUCACUGAGCGCAUUUCUAAUUGCAUCAAAAACCUGAAAAUGCUUGUUUCCAUAUAUUAUACUGUUAUUUUACACUUUUUACAGAUAAAUUGUUCCUUUUAAUGUCAAGGAGAAACAAAACAACGCUACUGCAAGUGUACAAUAUACUUAAAAGCAAAGUAGACAAGCAUCACUCACCUCAUGAAACUGUGUGCAGAUGCUGCUUUCACGGAACUGUUGAGAUCUAUAUUAUCAGAAUGUAAAUAGCAUCUGUGGAGAGAAAACAGAAAUAAAUCAAGUGUGAGAGGAAGGAAAAUGACUUAAAGACCUCAUGAAACAGAAAUUAGAGUGUGUGGCUGAUUAAACAGGAAAUAUGGACGGAAAAUAGACAGCAGCUGAACACUGUAACGGCUGUCAGCAUGCGCCUGAGCAAGGCACUAUUUAUCUGAACAACCAGACUGUAGGCUAGUCUGUUUUGGUGCAGAUAUUUUGUAUGAGCCAGGGUUGACUUCUCCAUCACUUCACGUGUAAAAACAACUCAUUAUUGUUUUCACGAGGUCUUUAACGUUUUGUUUUUUUUCCAGUCACCGUGUGCCGAGCUGAAUGUUUGAUCAAUUUACUGAAAAUGUACUGAAAAAUGAAAAGUUGCACAGAAUAAACACAUUGAAAGAG